AUGCCUAAAACCUUAACCGUUGAAGAAGUUGCUCAACAUAAAACCGAAAAUUCGAUUUGGAUCAUUGUUCAUGAUAAAGUUUACGAUGUUACAAACUUUUUGAAUGAACAUCCUGGCGGCAAGAAAGUCUUACUCAAAGUUGCCGGAACCGAUGCAACAAAGCAGUUCGACAAUUUUCAUUCAUUGGAUGUUGUGAAGAAGUACCCUCAGUUGCUCAUUGGCAGUAUUGGUUCCGAGCAAACGGAGAGUGAAGCCGACACUGCCUCAAGCGAAGGACCAUACGGAGAUCUUGUGCCUUUUGGAGACCCUUCUUGGUAUCAAGACUUCCAAAGUCCAUAUUAUGGCGAAUCUCAUCGCCGUUUACGUGCCGCCGUUCGUAAGUUUGUGGAAACCGAGAUCAUGCCACAUUCAUUCGAGUGGGAUGAGGCGAAGCACAUCCCCAAGGAACUUUUCAUAAAAGCCGCCAAAGUCGGUAUUUUACCUGCAGUCUGUGGUGCACCGUGGCCGACAAAAUUUGCAAAAUAUCCUCCUGCCGGUGGAGUCAAGCCUGAAGAAUUCGAUCAUUUUCACGAAUUCAUUGUUACCGACGAAUUGGCUCGUUGUGGUUCUGGCGGAAUUCUGUGGGGUUUAACUGGUGGUUUGGGCAUUGGCCUUCCGCCAAUUCUUAAAUUUGCUAAUGAGGAACUGAGGAACAGAAUUGCACCGGGUUGUCUUUCCGGGGAAAAGAAUAUUUGUCUCGCCAUCACGGAACCUUAUGCUGGAUCUGACGUCGCCGGUCUUAAAACGGAAGCUAAGCUCACGGAUGAUGGUCAACAUUAUAUUGUUAAUGGAGAGAAGAAGUGGAUCACAAAUGGUGUCUUUGCUGAUUACUUCACUGUAGCCGUUCGAACUGGAGGCCCUGGCAUGGGUGGAGUAUCUCUUCUUUUAAUUGAGAGAAGCCGGCCCGGAGUGAAGACUCGUCAGAUGCAAUGCACCGGUGUCUGGGCUUCCG